AACGAUAUUUUUAUUAAGGUAAGUUUAGUUCUAGCUUACGCAACUACACAUUCAUAUUAUUUAUUGAUCUUGCUAAAUAUACUAGUAUGACGGUGUACUAAAAGAAAAAGUUCAUGUCGCAUUAGUGGUCUCAGCGAUGGCACAUAAUCAAAAUUGGAUCGUAGUAUCUAAAGGAAUAUGCGUGGUUGCAGGCGAUCAAUAUCUUCCCGACGUUGGUGUGUGGUUUCAAAACCUUACAAGACGCCAACAGCAAAAUCCCAUAAUUAGUAGAUGCCCGCCACCAGAUGUCUGGGUGGAGGUAUUUUAUGAUAAAGACUCUGAUCGUAGCAACGCGUUAAAUAAAAUUGCCCUAGUUCAUCGACAACGUCCUCGUAUUGAAUUUGUUGGUGUCGCUCUUCCAAAUAAUCUUAAUCGUUUCGGUAAGAAUCCAAAUCCUCAGGCAGCUUCUACUGCUGCUAUUCAACACCAUGGUGUACCUGGAGCGCCGUAUCUUAUCCAUUGGAAUGCGAACUUCAACCGAGUUUACUACAGAUUGAACUGGAACCUGCAUGUCGUACUCAGAUGUGGGUGGACAAUUGAAUUCAAUCAUAUUCUUAAGAUUUUAUCAUAAUUUUUAAGAAUUUAUGAUCAUUGCUAAUACCAUAGUACAGAACGUCUGUUUCUCUUUCUAAA